AUGGACAGCGUGACAUGCCUGGUGGAAGGAGAGAAAGUGGUGAGGUUCAUAAUAGAGGUGCCGAAAUCUGCCACAGUUCUUCAACUGAAAGAGAAGAUCAACGAGUGCACUUCUGUUCCGGUGGCUCGACAAACGCUACUAUUCAAAAACUCUGAGUUACAAGACGCUAUGACCUUGAUAGAGAGCAAUAUGGAAUUUGUGGCGGGGAUUGUUCUUCAAAUUGAGCCAAAUAUGGAAGAUAUGGACGUGAACAUAACGGUAACAUCUCCAGCUUUCAAGUCAGCCUUUAAUGUCAACCAAAUGGACACUGUACUCUCUUUGAAGAAGAAGAUUAGAGAAAGGUGGGGCUUUCCGAUUGAACAAAUCACUCUCUGGCGCUUAGACUAUGAGAUGCGCGAUGAAAUGCCUCUUCUUGCCUACUAUAUUUACGAUGGUUCAGACUUGCGAAAAAUCAUGCCAGUUAAUGCACUUAUGAACAGCAAGAUUUCCUAG